UCCGGGCUGGGGCUUGAAGGGCUGGAGCAUCAGCGCUGGUAGCUGCUAGCAGCCGCGGCAGCAGCGGCGUGUCGUUGCAGUUGCGCCAUCUGUCAAGAGCGGAGCCGGCGGGGAGGGGGCUGCCGCGGGAGAGGAGGAGGGGUCGUGUGAGCCGAAGGCCGCGGAGACCCGCCCGCCCGCUGGCCGCGGGAACAGAGGCGAGGCUGCCCUCGCAGCAGCGCGUCCUUCGCGGUCCGGUCGCGCAGCGCUUCACCCAGCGCACCGUGGACUCCCGGGGCGCACACAAAGCCGCCGCCUGAGCCGCACCGCCCGGCGGCCGCCGCCCGCGCCACGAAGGGAUCCGGCCGCCGGGCCGGGAACACCCGGCGCCGCCCCCUCGGCGCUCUCCGAAGGCCCACCGGCUCCCGGGCCCGCCGAAGCAAUCGGAGCUGCCUGAGCCGCGCUGGAGGAGGGCGGGGAGAGGACCAUGUGAAUGGGUUCCGGAGCCUGAGUGCCGAACAGUUUUUUGAAGAAGCAGGAUGCUGAUCUAAACGUGGAAAAAGACCACUCCAGCAGCUGUAUUAGAAGACAUGUGGUGUAUAUAAAGUUUGUGAUAGUUGGGGGAAAUUUUGGAAUUUAGAUAAUGGGCUGUGUGCAAUGUAAGGACAAAGAAGCUACAAAACUGACAGAGGAGAGGGACGGCAGCCUGAACCAGAGCUCCGGGUACCGCUAUGGCACAGACCCCACUCCUCAGCACUAUCCCAGCUUCGGUGUGACCUCCAUCCCAAACUACAACAACUUCCACGCAGCCGGAGGCCAAGGACUCACCGUCUUUGGGGGUGUGAACUCUUCGUCUCAUACGGGAACCUUGCGUACGAGAGGAGGAACAGGAGUGACCCUCUUUGUGGCCCUGUAUGAUUAUGAAGCACGGACGGAAGAUGACCUGAGUUUUCACAAAGGAGAGAAAUUUCAAAUAUUGAACAGCUCGGAAGGAGAUUGGUGGGAAGCCCGCUCCUUGACAACCGGAGAGACGGGUUACAUUCCCAGCAAUUAUGUGGCUCCAGUUGACUCUAUUCAGGCAGAAGAGUGGUACUUUGGAAAACUUGGCCGAAAAGAUGCUGAGCGACAGCUUUUGUCCUUUGGAAACCCAAGAGGUACCUUUCUUAUCCGUGAGAGUGAAACCACCAAAGGUGCCUAUUCACUGUCUAUCCGUGAUUGGGAUGAUAUGAAAGGAGACCACGUCAAACAUUACAAAAUUCGUAAACUUGACAAUGGUGGAUACUACAUUACCACCCGAGCCCAGUUUGAAACACUUCAGCAACUGGUACAACAUUACUCAGAGAGAGCUGCAGGUCUCUGCUGCCGCCUAGUAGUUCCCUGUCACAAAGGGAUGCCAAGGCUUACCGAUCUGUCUGUCAAAACCAAAGAUGUCUGGGAAAUCCCUCGAGAAUCCCUGCAGUUGAUCAAGAGACUGGGAAAUGGGCAGUUUGGGGAAGUAUGGAUGGGUACCUGGAAUGGAAACACAAAAGUAGCCAUAAAGACUCUUAAACCAGGCACAAUGUCCCCUGAAUCGUUCCUUGAGGAAGCGCAGAUCAUGAAGAAACUGAAGCAUGACAAGUUGGUCCAGCUCUACGCGGUGGUGUCGGAGGAGCCGAUCUACAUUGUCACCGAGUAUAUGAAUAAAGGAAGUUUACUUGAUUUCUUAAAAGAUGGGGAAGGAAGAGCUCUGAAAUUACCAAAUCUGGUGGACAUGGCAGCACAGGUUGCUGCAGGAAUGGCUUACAUCGAGCGCAUGAAUUAUAUCCACAGAGACCUGCGAUCCGCAAACAUUCUAGUGGGGAAUGGAUUGACAUGCAAGAUUGCCGACUUUGGACUGGCCAGAUUGAUCGAAGACAAUGAGUACACAGCCAGACAAGGUGCAAAGUUCCCCAUUAAGUGGACGGCCCCCGAAGCAGCCCUGUACGGGAGGUUUACAAUCAAGUCUGACGUGUGGUCUUUUGGAAUCUUACUCACAGAGCUGGUCACCAAAGGAAGAGUACCGUACCCAGGCAUGAACAACCGGGAGGUGCUGGAGCAGGUGGAGCGCGGCUACAGGAUGCCCUGUCCCCAGGACUGCCCCAUCUCUCUCCACGAGCUCAUGAUCCACUGCUGGAAAAAGGACCCAGAAGAACGGCCCACUUUCGAGUACUUGCAGGGCUUCCUGGAAGACUACUUCACGGCCACCGAGCCCCAGUACCAACCUGGUGAAAACCUGUGAGACCUGGGGCAGCAGAGAGAGGCCUUGUCUGCGAGGCCUCCCACCCUCCCAUUAGCUUUCCAUUCUGCAGCCAGCUGCCCCGGAGCAGCGAGAACCGUCCAGGAUCAGAUUGCAUGUGACUCUGAAGCUGACGAACUUCCACGGCCCUCAUCAAUGACACUUGUCCCCAAAUCCGAACCUCCUCUGUGAAGCAUAUGAGACAGAACCUUGUUAUUUCUCAGACUGGAAAACGCAUUGUAUCGAUGUUACGUAAAAGGCCAAACCUCUGUUCAGUGUAAAUAGUUACUCCAGUGCCAACAAUCCUAGUGCUUUCCUUUUUUUAAAAUGCAAAUCCUAUGUGAUUUUAACUCUGUCUUCACCUGAUUCAACUAAAAAAAAAAAAAAAAAAAAAAAAAAAGUAUUAUUUUCCAAAAGUGGCCUCUUUGUCUAAAACAAUAAAAUUUUUUUUCAUGUUUUAACAAAAACCAAUCAGGACAGGCGUUUGGUUUUUUUCUUUUUAUAAA